UACUUUCCACCGGCAUCAUUUGCGCCUCACAGAGAGGAGGUUGGUGAAGUGUCACCAACGGCUGCGUAUUGUUUUAACCUUUUACACCGAAGAAAAUAAGCCCCUUUGAUUUUCAUCUGUACGGGGUGACGCUUUGUCGAGGUGCUCUGUGAGACGUUGCCUUGUGAAGUUACCUUAUGACCGUUCCUCGUUGAAAUUUAAGGAUAGUUUGUUAGCCAGGUAAUUUUUUCCCUGUCACUGCAGCAAUAGCUAACGGUAACAACUGACGAAGGACACUUUUUUUCUCGUUUGUAAAACAACUCCUUUCAGCCCCCUUCCCUCGCCUUUAACCCAUCUAUUCUGAUUGAAUCAAGUCUAUAAGCGUUUCAUCUUCUGAGGACACCCGACUGACAACGCCAAAAUGGGGUACGGACGGUCGGACAGCUACCGCGUGGCCACCACGCAGGACAACGACGAGAAGGAGUCUCCCAAGAAGAAGGGAGGCAAGGAUCUGGAUGACCUGAAGAAAGAAGUUCCUAUAACGGAACACAAAAUGUCUGUUGAGGAGGUUUGUCGGAAAUACAACACCGAUAUUGUUCAGGGUUUGACCAAUGCCAAGGCAGCAGAGUACCUGGCAAGGGAUGGCCCCAAUGCCUUGACUCCACCCCCUACCACCCCAGAGUGGGUCAAGUUCUGCCGUCAGCUGUUUGGUGGCUUCUCCAUUCUGCUAUGGAUCGGUGCAAUCCUCUGCUUCCUGGCCUACGCCAUCCAGGCUGCUACAGAGGAUGAGCCUGCUGGAGAUAAUCUUUACCUGGGUAUCGUGCUGUCAGCUGUCGUCAUCAUCACCGGCUGCUUCUCCUAUUUCCAGGAGGCUAAGAGCUCCAAGAUUAUGGAAUCUUUCAAGAACAUGGUCCCUCAGCAAGCCUUGGUGAUCCGAGAGGGAGAGAAGAUGCAGAUCAACGCUGAGCAGGUAGUGGCAGGAGACCUGGUGGAGGUGAAAGGAGGAGACCGGAUCCCCGCUGACCUCCGCAUCAUCUCCUCCCAUGGCUGCAAGGUGGAUAACUCAUCGCUGACUGGUGAGUCAGAACCCCAGACCAGGUCACCUGACUGUACCCAUGACAACCCCCUGGAAACCCGUAACAUUGCCUUCUUCUCCACCAACUGUGUUGAGGGAACUGCACGUGGUAUUGUUGUGUGUACUGGUGAUCGCACAGUGAUGGGCCGCAUUGCCACCCUCACCUCAGGCUUGGAGACUGGCAAGACUCCCAUCGCCAAGGAGAUCGAGCACUUCAUCCAGAUCAUCACUGGUGUAGCCGUCUUUCUUGGUGUGACCUUCUUCAUCCUCUCCAUCAUCCUGGGUUACUCCUGGCUGGAGGCUGUCAUCUUCCUCAUUGGUAUCAUUGUGGCUAAUGUGCCUGAAGGCCUGCUGGCCACAGUCACAGUGUGUCUGACGCUGACUGCCAAGCGAAUGGCUCGUAAGAACUGCCUGGUGAAGAACUUGGAGGCUGUGGAAACUCUGGGCUCCACCUCCACCAUCUGUUCCGACAAGACAGGCACACUGACCCAGAACAGGAUGACCGUGGCCCACAUGUGGUUCGACAAUCAGAUCCAUGAAGCCGACACCACUGAGGACCAGUCUGGUUCCUCCUUCGACAAGAGCUCAACAACGUGGGUGUCUUUGGCCCGGAUUGCUGCGCUGUGCAACCGUGCUGUGUUCAAGGCCGGUCAGGAAUCUUUGCCCAUCCUUAAGCGCGAGGUAGCCGGUGAUGCCUCCGAGUCAGCCUUGUUGAAGUGUAUUGAGCUGUCAUGUGGUGCUGUCAAGGCCAUGAGGGACAAGAAUAAGAAGGUGGCUGAGAUCCCGUUCAACUCCACCAACAAGUAUCAGCUUUCAAUUCAUGAAACUGAGGAUGAAAAUGACAACCGCUACCUGCUGGUGAUGAAGGGAGCCCCAGAGAGGAUCCUGGACCGCUGCUCCACCAUCAUGGUGCAGGGCAAAGAGCAGCCCAUGGAUGAUGAGAUGAAAGAAGCUUUCCAGAAUGCCUACCUGGAACUGGGUGGACUGGGAGAGAGAGUACUGGGUUUCUGCCACCUGUUCCUUCCAGAGGACAAGUUUCCUAAAGGUUUUGCGUUUGACACAGAUGAUGUCAACUUCCAAACAGACAACCUCUGCUUUGUGGGGCUCAUGUCCAUGAUUGAUCCUCCCCGUGCUGCCGUGCCUGAUGCUGUGGGCAAAUGCCGCUCUGCAGGCAUCAAGGUUAUUAUGGUGACCGGUGACCACCCAAUCACAGCCAAGGCCAUUGCUAAAGGUGUAGGUAUCAUCUCAGAGGGCAACGAGACAGUGGAAGACAUCGCAGCACGUCUGAACAUUCCUGUCAGCCAGGUCAACCCCAGGGAUGCCAAAGCCUGUGUGAUCCACGGUACAGAUCUGAAAGACCUCAAUCAGGACCAGAUGGACGAUAUUUUGAGGAACCACACAGAGAUUGUCUUUGCUAGAACCUCUCCACAGCAGAAGCUGAUCAUUGUAGAAGGCUGCCAGAGACAGGGUGCCAUUGUGGCUGUGACAGGUGAUGGUGUGAACGACUCCCCUGCCUUGAAGAAGGCUGACAUUGGUGUUGCCAUGGGAAUCUCUGGCUCUGAUGUAUCCAAACAAGCUGCAGACAUGAUUCUGCUUGACGACAACUUUGCAUCCAUCGUCACUGGAGUAGAAGAAGGGCGUCUGAUUUUUGACAACCUGAAGAAGUCCAUCGCUUAUACUCUGACCAGCAACAUCCCAGAAAUCACCCCCUUCUUGUUUUUCAUCUUGGUCAACAUCCCCCUGCCUCUGGGCACCAUCACUAUCCUCUGCAUCGACCUGGGAACCGACAUGGUUCCAGCCAUUUCUCUUGCUUAUGAAGCGGCAGAGAGCGACAUCAUGAAGCGCCAGCCCAGGAACCCUCUGAGAGACAAACUGGUCAAUGAGAGACUCAUCAGUAUCGCCUACGGACAGAUCGGCAUGAUUCAGGCUCUUGGAGGCUUCUUUGCGUACUUUGUCAUCAUGGCUGAAAACGGUUUCCUGCCGUCCCUGCUUGUCGGCAUCCGGCUGAAUUGGGACGAUCGCUCCAACAAUGACCUGGAGGACAGCUAUGGACAGCAAUGGACAUACGAACAACGUAAGAUUGUGGAGUUCACCUGCCACACAGCCUUCUUUGUCAGUAUUGUGGUGGUGCAGUGGGCAGAUGUCAUCAUCUGUAAGACCAGACGUAACUCUGUGUUCCAGCAGGGCAUGAAGAAUAAGAUUUUGAUCUUUGGAUUGUUUGAGGAAACGGCUCUGGCUGCUUUCCUGUCUUACUGCCCUGGAAUGGACGUUGCAUUACGGAUGUACCCACUCAAGCCCAGCUGGUGGUUCUGUGCGUUCCCAUACAGUUUCCUCAUCUUUGUUUACGAUGAGAUCCGAAAACUCAUCCUCCGCCGAAACCCUGGAGGCUGGGUGGAAAAAGAGACAUACUAUUAAAUUAUCAAAGCAUCAUUUUCUUCUUACCCCAUCCUUCCCUGGACUCAUCCUUCCUUCUCUAUCUCCCUCUCUCUUUCUCCCCUCCAUCCCUCCAUCUGUCUCUCCUCUCAUCACUCAAAAUGUACAAGAAAGCUAUGUUUACUUCUCCCUCCUUAUUCAUUCAUCCCACCAUCUUCAUUUCCUAAAGAAACAAACAAAAACAAGCAAGAGGACCAAUGACAGAAGAGGAGAGGGUGGGGCGGGAGAGGCUUGUAAACACCCCCUCCUGUCCUCUCCAUCCUUCUGUCCUCUUUUUUUUUUCUAUCCAAAGUGUCUACAGCACUAAUCUGCCAGUAACGCUGUUUGUGUCGAUUCUUAUUGCAACACUGUCGGCUGCAGCCACUCGUCAUAGACCUGUACUCAAAUUACACGGCUGUGUGGAACCGAAUCUCAAUCUGAUUACAAGAAUAAAGACGAAAACCUGACUGUUCCACUGCAGAGCAACAACAUGGCAGCUGCUGGGUGGCGCCCGGAUCCAGCUCUGUGAUCACUGCCAUUUCCGCCAUUCACCACGAUGACUUGACCUCUCUCUUCUCUUCUCUCUCUUUCUCCUUCUAUCUUCUCACUGCCAAUCUUCUACUGCCGCUCUCCCGUCCUCUUCCUCCUCUACCGUCAAUGAAGAAUCAAUCUUUAACCCGAACCGUCCACUCACUCACUGAUGCCCUCAGCAGGGUGGAAAAAAGAUCACCUCCUCUGACUCCCUCCUCCCAUCCCCUCUUCCCCUGUGUUUUUCUGUGUUACUUGUUUUCUAGAUGACUGGGUGUUUUUUUAAGAAAAAAAAAAACUAAAUUGUUUGUUAAAGUUUUAUGUUUCUGUUUUUUUAAGUUCAGAGUGGGUCUAAGAGCUGCCUGUUUUCAUUCAGACAUGACAAAGCACACUGUCUCCUUCUUCUUCAUCUGCUCCUCACCUCUUUCUCUUUUACAUCUUUAACACACCCCGAUCUGCCUCCCCCUCCCUGCCUGUCUAUCUGUCUGUUUGUGAACACUGUGCAAACCCUCCGUCCUUGUAAAACUUCCACCCAGUUUCACCUCCCACAUCCUCCCGCCCUCACCUCCUCUACCUGCUGCCUCCCCCUCACCCAACCUCACCCCUGUUGGGAAAAAAAAACAAAAACAAUCUUUCUGUGUCCUAGGAAAAAGAGAUUUCUCUCCAGUUUCAUUAUUUAAAUCUGUGGAAAUGUGGAGUAAGGCACUGUACCUUAACUUGUGAAACAGCAGCAGAAAAAAAGAAGAAAAUGAAAUAAAACAGAAGGAUCUCUCUUUUUCA